UAUCAUCGUCUCUUUGUAAUUGCAACUACACACCUUCUACUGAAGAAACUGCAACUUCAUGGCGGCAUUUGAUAUUGGGGCUUCCUCUUCCUCUUCCUUUUCCUCUUCUGGAUCUUUCACUUACGAUGUGUUUCUCAAUUUUAGGGGUAAAGAAACUCGCAAUAACUUCACUGGUUUUCUUUACAAAGCUCUGGAAAGAGAAGGAAUCGAUGUGUUUAUAGAUAGUGAAGGCCUAUGGGGUGGAGAAGAAAUCAAAUCGACACUCCUCCAAGCAAUUCAACAAUCCAAAAUCUCGAUUCCUGUCUUCUCUGAAGGAUAUGCGGAUAGCAAAUGGUGCCUCAUGGAACUGGUUGAGAUAGUUAGAUGCCAUACAUCCAACGGUCAAAAAAUUCUGCCCAUAUUUUUGGAUGUUGAUCCUAGAGAUGUUCGAAAUCAGAAAGGAAGUUUUGAAGAAUCAUUUCAGAAACACAAUGGGAAAUUUGAUGCCCAGACCAUAAAGAGUUGGAGAGAAGCCUUAAGUGUAGUCGGAGGUUUAUCGGGAUACCAUCUCAAGCAAGUAAACAUGAAUCAACCAGAGCUAGUUAAAUUAGUUGUUGAUUGGGCAUUGAGUGAAUUGAGUAGCAAUUGUUUGGCUGAAGUUAAAUAUCCUAUUGGAUUAGAAGGCCGUGUAAACGACCUAUCAUCUAUGUUAAAUCUCGGCUCAAAUGAUGUCCGGUUUGUUGGAAUAUGUGGUAUAGGUGGUAUUGGGAAGACAUCUAUUGCAACGGCUCUCUACAAUCGUAUUUUUAAAAGUUUUGAAAUGAGAAGUUUUCUUGCAAAUGUCAGAGAAGAAGCAUCAAGACCUGAUGGUCUAGUUUCUCUGCAGGAGAAACUUAUUUAUAUUAUCUUCAAAAAGGAAGUUAAAAUUUGCAACAUUUUUAUGGGGCAACAAUUGAUAAAAGAAAGACUACGAGGGAAAAAAGUUCUUCUUAUUCUUGAUGAUGUGCAUUCUGAUUACCAACUUGAAGGUUUGGCUAUUGAAGUCAAUUUGUUUGGUCCAGGCAGUAGGAUCAUCAUAACAAGUAGAGAUGAACGUAUUCUAAAUUUGGCUAAAGUUAAUGAAAAAUAUUGUCCUCCAGAAUUGGAUAAUGAGCAAUCUCUUAAACUCUUUAGUUUGCAUGCUUUUUCAAGAGACCAACCUCCUGAAGAUUAUAAGCAGCUUUCCCACGAUAUGCUACACUUGGCAGGAGGAUUGCCAUUAACUCUAGAAGUGUUGGGAUCUGUCCUGUUUGACAUAAGAGACAAAAAAGUAUGGGAAUGUAUGUUAAACAAAUUGCAAAGAAUUCCUCAUGCAGACGUCCUCAAAAAGUUAAGGAUAAGCUAUGACAAUCUAGAGGAAGAUGAGAAAUCUAUAUUUCUUGAUGUUGCAUGCUUUUUUGUCGGAUGGAGCAAAGAUAAAUUAAUUUCAAUGUGGGAAGCUUGUGGCUUUAACCCGAUAUCAGCAUUACAUAAACUCACUCAAAGGUCCCUCCUAAAAUUUACCAAUGCAGGAUCUUAUAUUAAUAAUAGGGGCUAUUCUUAUGAGGUGUUAAGGAUGCAUGAUCAAAUUCAAGCCAUGGGAAGGGGCAUUGUCUUUGAAGAAAGCCCUAGGGAGCCUGGUAAGCGCAGUAGGUUAUCGUCUUCUGAUGAAAUCUUAGAAGUAUUAGAAGAACAGAGGGGAACUGAAAUGAUUGAAGGCAUCCAGUUAUCCCAAUAUCAUAGGAAUUUGAGUGUUUGCCUUCAUACAAAAGACUUUGAAAUGAUGUCCAAGUUAAGAUUUCUCGAGAUUGAUGGAGUAGCACACUUCGAAGGAGACUUUCAGCAUCUUCCUUCUACUUUGACAUGGUUUAGAUCGACACAAUGCCCUAUCGAAUCAGGGAAUUUUUAUCUAAAGAAAUUAGUUUAUAUGGACUUAUCACAUAGUCAAAUUAGACAAGCUUGGACAAGCAAGCCUCAAAAUGAAAAUCAGCGGUUCAACAAGUUGAAAUUUCUCUAUCUCCGAGGAUGUCAUUAUUUAAAUGAAUCCCCUAACUUUUUAUGGUUUCCAUACUUGGAGACAUUGAAUCUUAGUGGUUGCUUUAAAAUGGUUAAUUUACACAAAUCCAUUGGUGAUCUAAAGUCUCUUGUUACGCUUUACUUGGAUCAUACCAAAAUUGAAGAACUCCCAAACAAUAUCUGCAUGCUGAGUUGUCUCAAAGAUCUAAGUCUCAGCCAAUGUUCAUCACUCAAAAGCUUGCCUGAGUCAAUCGGUGAUCUAAAGUCUCUGGUUACGCUUGACUUGGUUGGUACCAAAAUUAAAGAACUCCCAAACAAUAUCUGCAUGCUGAGUUCUCUCAAAGAUCUAAGACUCGGGCAGUGUUCAUCACUCAAAAGUUUGCCUGAGUCAAUUGGUGAUUUAAAGUCUCUGGUUAAGCUUUACUUGGAUGGUACCAAAAUUGAAGAACUCCCAAACAAUAUCUGCAUGUUGAGUUGUCUCAAAGAUCUAAGUCUCAGACACUGUUCAUUACUCAAAAGCUUGCCUGAGUCAAUCGGUGAUCUAAAGUGUCUGGUUAUGCUUGACUUGGGUGGUACCAAAAUUGAAGAACUCCCAAACAAUAUCUGCAUGCUGAGUUGUCUCGAAUAUCUAAGACUCAGGCAGUGUUCAUCACUCAAAAGUUUGCCUGAGUCAAUCGGGGAUCUAAAGUCUCUAGUUAAGCUUUACUUGGAUGGUACCAAAAUUGAAGAACUCCCAAACAAUAUAUGCAUGCUGAGUUCUCUCAAAGGUCUAGAUCUCAACCAGUGUUCAUCACUCAAAAGCUUGCCUGAGUCAAUCGGUGAUCUAAAGUCUCUAGUUACGCUUGACUUGGAUGGUACCAAAAUUGAAGAACUCCCAAACAAUAUCUGCAUGCUGAGUUCUCUCGAAGUUCUAAGUCUCAGCCAGUGUUCAUCACUCAAAAGCUUGCCUGAGUCAAUCGGUGAUCUAAAGUCUCUGGUUAUGCUUUACUUGGAUGGUACCAAAAUUGAAGAACUCCCAAACAAUAUAUGCAUGCUGAGUUGUCUCGAAUAUCUAUAUCUCAACGGGUGUUCAUCACUCAAAAGCUUGCCUGAGUCAAUCGGUGAUCUAAAGUCUCUGGUUACGCUUUACUUGGAUGGUACCAAAAUUGAAAAACUCCCAAACAAUAUCUGCAUGCUGAGUUGUCUCGAAGAUCUAAGACUCGGCCAGUGUUCAUCACUCAAAAGUUUGCCUGAGUCAAUCGGUGAUCUAAAGUCUCUGGUUACGCUUUACUUGGAUGGUACCAAAAUUGAAGAACUCCCAAACAAUAUCUGCAUGCUGAGUUCUCUAAAAACACUUGAUCUUUGUGGAUUGGAGUUACUAAAUGAGUUGCCUAAGCCAAUUAGUAAUCUUGAAUCUUUGGGUAAGCCAAUUCAAGAACGCAUUAACCUGAUAGGAACCAGUGUUUUACCAUCAUCAUAUGAUUCUCUACUAACGCUCCACAGUUUAGAGAGCUUAAAAAUAGGGAACAAGCUUGAAACCUCUCCCCCCCCCUGGAUUAGUGGUCUUCGACCGCUUGAAAAGCUUGAAUUACAAGGAUACACGGGGCUCGAGUCACUCCCGGAUUUGUCAAGCCUGACUAAUUUGAAGGAAUUAACACUUCAUAAUUGUGAAAAGUUGAAUGAUAUUGGAGGCAUCAAGAGAAUAAAGUCUUUGAAAAUGCUUGACAUGAGAAACUGCUACACCAUAACAAAUGCUAGAAGGAAGAUAUUUGGGCAGGGAACACUUUUAGUGGAUGAUGUUGGGUUACAAAGAAGUGAAUAUUCGUUGAAUGUUGAUGAUGGUGAUGAUGGGGUAUGUAAGGGGUUAAUUCUGUGUGUUGUUUUUGCAUUCACCCAGCUCAAUCAGGAUCAAGAGGAGGUAUGGCAAGAGGGUGAGCUACUGAACGACUCUCAGGUCUUUCUUGUGGCUCGUAUCCAUCGAAAACAUGGAAGCUAUUUCGAUUGUACAAUUUGGCUGCCGAUGAAGGGUGUUAAAUUCACUACUGAGCGAGAUUCAAUAUACAUUCACCAUUUCAAAGGGUCUGACUUCUUUGGGAUUCCAUUGGAAGGAACAAAUGCAAUUGAGAUAUGCCAUGUUUGGAAUUGGGAGUUCAUCGAGGACGGGAAUCAUAGGUAUUGGCCCCAUUUUGAUGUGAAAUUCAGGAAGGUCUUAUCAUUGAAAGGCAGGGAAUGGGACGAGCAGGAAAUACCUAAUGAGCAAUUAGACUAUUGUGAGGUGAGGAGGAUGGUAGCAGAUUUCUUCAAAUGGACGUCACACGACGAAGAUGCUGGAACUGGAUCAUCUCUCUCUGGUGAGGAUGCUCGAGGAGAGAUGCGGAAGAUGGUUGUCUCCAAAUCUUCUUCAGAUGGUGAUGAUGAUAAUGAAUCUUCUUCAUAUGAUGAUUGUGAAACUUCUUCAUUGCAUGAUGAUGAUGAUGAAUCUUUAUAUGAUGAUUGUGAAUCUUUAUUUCUUGAUAAUUAAAGAAGUGAGAGAGACCAAUAAAAUGAUACGCAGGUUUGAAUUUCUCCACUUGCCUUCUAUUUUAACCAUGUUUAAUAUAUAUAUUGAUGCCAUCAGUUUUGAUUGAUCAGCCAGCAAAUGCAGUUUUAUCUUUAUGUCAACCAAACCAAGAAAGACUAGUGUAACACGAGCGUAUAUUUUAUGUUAUGGGUAAGGGAUCGUUGCCUGAUCGUGUGGCUUCUGCUCCAGUACGAGACCAAUGAGAGCACAUACAGGGAUAUCAAAAUAAAUAAAAUUUUUUAUUUCACUAGAUGCAGGGGCCAUUGGACAAGACAGCUUUCUUUUUUCUCUUAUAUUGUAUAAAUACAAAUAUGUCACAUAUUAAGUCCAGCCCUCCCCACCAAAACCCAAUAACUAUUCCUCUAUCAUACCCUACUAACCAAGGCCAAUGAAGUAUGACAAUUUUUACAAACAAUAUGUCAACCAAUUAAGAGACUCCUGAUGCUACUAGUAAGGUUUGGAAUGUUAAGACUAUUGGAUCAUUAUUUCCUUUUGCAGCACACAUGUCUUUGCCUGGAAACAAGGAGUGGAGUUUUAUCUACAGAAAAUACAGAUGGGAGUGAACCAACAGAGUGGAAUGGAGGUGUCUGACUUUCAGUUGGUGAGAAGUUCUAAUGAAGUAGAAUCAAGCAGUGCAUGUCUUGGCUGUGAAAUUGACGAUCUUGGGCUGGAAAACGGUGACAUGGGAGUUCAAUUCAUCUAGAUUUUGUAAGGGCCUUCAAGGGUCAGAGAAGUCAAAUUCCAAUGGAGGUCAUGCUCUUCUUGUCAAGUUAAAAUUGAAUCAAUGCAGAAGAUGAUACAGUCAAGACUCAACAAUCUGUGGUGUAUCUUUUAGUUCUCUAUUGGACAGCACCUCAAUCUCAAUUUGAUGAACUGCCUGCUAAGCUCAAGAACAAGCUCAUCUUUGUUGCCAAUGCAAAGCAGGGAUUAUGGACCGUCCAGAAUAUGUGGCCUCCCUCAUAUUCCUCUUCCGCAAUGUACUUGCUAUCUUCACUAGCUUCUACCUCUACAGCGACACUAUUCAAAGAAGGAACAGGUUCAGGUUAAUUGGUCCUGGAACUGUCAUCAACGACAGUUUCUAACUUUUUAUCGCAUUGAUGUUAUAGGUGGCUGCAGCUGCUGCUGUCUGUGGAAUGAAAAGCGAAAACUUGAUGUGUUAAGUCCCGGGUUCUAAUUCAAAAAAUAUGGAAGCAACGGAGAAUUGUUUUUAGCA